AUCAUUGCGUCGCUACGUUGUUGAUAAUCAAACCGUUAACAAAAUUUUGGUUUCAAAAUAAGUAAAAUAGCAUAUACGUGUAUUAUACUCUAAAUAUCCUCUAAAUACACUCUAAAUAUACGCUAAAUAUACUCUAACCAAAUGCCCUAAUCCAUCUAAAAAGUAAAAACCCUAAGUGAAUGUACUAUAUAAUAGUAAUACGUCCCCCUUACUUUUUCACAAGUUCUCUUGCUUUCUCUAAGCUACUGACGGCAUAAGCUCUUCUUUACUUUAUCGGUUUGUUUUGUUAGUUAAAGUUUUAGUGUUUACCACAUCAUGUUGAUCACAUAUAAGGCUCAUAGUGUCAUAUCUUCUUUAUCACAUACCAUUCAUGUCUUCUCUAUUCACGCAAACCUCUUAUGUAUCACGCAUCAUUCAUUUUGUUUGUUAGAGUUUAUUUACUUAGCUUGUGUUAAGAACCUUAUACGUUUAUGUACCUAGUUUGUAUUAUAUACGUAGCUUAACAUUCUUUUUAAAUUAUGUUUACUAAAGUUUAUGUACUUAGGUUAUAUUCUUUUCUUUUUCUUUGAAGGUUCAUCAUGUCUGAGAUUGGAGGAUCAUCCCAAGGAGGCGCAUGUGAAGUUGAUCCAGGACGUAAGUAUGGAACCUGUCUGCCUAAAAACAGGAACAAGUGGACGUGCAUCUUCUGCAGGAAAGAAACAAACGGAGGUGUUUCACGUCUGAAACACCACUUAAUUGGAGACAGCACAAGCGUGAUCAGGUGUCCAACUUGUCCCGAGCAUGUGAGAAUUGAAUUGCGAGACUAUGCAAUCAAAAAAGCUGAGGAAAGAGCAGCUCAGACCAUGCGGUAUGAACCUGUCCUGAAUGAUAUCGAUGGUGAGGAUGUUGAAGGUGAGCCUAAACAGAAAGCUAACUCUAACAAGAGGAAGAAGAGAGGUCCACUGGACAGGUUUGUCACUUCAACUCCUCCUGACAUUUUGAAAGGAAGGAAGGACAUGAAGCGUGUGUUUGGAGCUUGUGACAAAGAGCUAAGGGAGAAGGUGUGCGCUGGAAUAGCUAGGUGGUUCUAUGAUGCGGGUAUUCCGUUCAAUGCUGUCACCUAUGACUCUUUCAAAGAGAUGACAGAGGUCAUUGGACAGUAUGGAAUGGGUUUAAAACCACCUAGUAUGCAUGAGCUCAGAGUGCCUCUCCUUCAGAGGGAAGUCGCAAACACUCAUACCAUGCUGCUUCAACACAAGAACGAGUGGGCUGCUAAAGGGUGCUCGAUCAUGUCAGAUGGAUGGCGUGACUCAGUGGUCCAAAAGGACAUAGUUAACUUUCUAGUUAACUCUCCCAAGGGCUCUGUUUUCAUGAAGUCUAAGGAGGUCUCAGAAGUGGUGAAAGAUGCAACAAUGCUGUUCAAGCUGCUUGAUGAGAUGGUUGAAGAAGUUGGUGAGAAGAAUGUGGUUCAAGUGAUCACAGACAAUGCUUCUAAUUAUGUGAAAGCAGGGAAGUUGCUAGAGGCUAAACGACCAAACCUCUAUUGGACUCCUUGUGCAGCACACUGUCUUGACCUUAUGCUAGAAGACAUUGGGAAGUUGGAGCCGGUUAAGAAUGCGUUGAAGAAGUGUAUCUUCAUGAAUGGAUACAUCUAUUGUCGUGUGCCUCUGGUGAAUAUGAUGAGGAGAUUCACCAAUCAACACAAUCUUCAUCGGCCAGCUGUAACGAGGUUUGCCACUUCGUUUAUCACCAUGUCACAGUUCCACAUUCAGCAAUCAAACCUGAAAAAGAUGGUCACAUCUGAUGAUUGGAACAAGAGCAAAUGGCCAAGGGAAGCAGGGGCAAAGAAACUGAAGCAAUACAUUCUACAAGAAAGCUUUUGGAGGAAUGUUAGCUACGCCCUCAAGCUCACUGGUCCACUGGUGAAGGUGCUUAGGAUGGUGGAUGGUGAUAAGAAGCCGGCUAUGGGAUACAUAUAUGCGGCUAUGGACAGAGCUAAAGAAGCUAUUGCAAGGAGUUUCAAGAUGAAGCAAGAGAAAUAUGAGAAUGUGUUUGAGAUCAUUGACAGAAGGUGGAAUUGUCAGCUUCACCAGCCUCUUCACGCAGCUGGAUACUUCCUAAAUCCAGCUAUCCAUUACGCCAAUCCUGAGGACGUUUGUUGUGAGGAAGUUGAGACCGGUUUGUACAACUGUAUCAACAGGCUUAUCCCGGACAGUGAGAUUCAAGACAAGGUGAUGCUGGAGCUUGAUAUGUUUAAGAAAGCUGCUGGUCUCUUUGGCCAUAACAUGGCAAUAAGGCAAAGAGAGAUGAAAGCACCAGCUGAUUGGUGGUCUACUUAUGGAUCAUCAGCUCCUAAUCUAAGAGACUUUGCUGUGAAAGUACUUAGCUUAACUUGCAGUGCAUCUGGAUGUGAAAGAAACUGGGGUGUUUUUGAGCUUCUUCACACAAAGAGGAGGAACCGUUUAGCUCAACAUCGUUUGAAUGACAUGGUAUUUGUCAAGUACAACAGAGCUUUGCAGCGUCGCAUGAAGAGAAGUGACGCCACAGAUCCUAUUAUCCUAGAGGAGAUUGAUGAAAGCAAUGAAUGGUUGAUGGGAAGAAUGGAUGGGAACUCUGACAGUGAUGAACUAGAUGAUCUUGUCUUCGAGAAUGAAGAUCUGACAUGGAGUGCUGUGAGUGAAGCCACUGGAGCUGAGGAACCAACCUACUCUACUAGAGGAACAAAAGCUUCAGCUGCUGAGAAGGGAAAAGGGAUAGCAUCUUCUUCAACUCAAACAAGAGAGAAACGAUCUGGUCCAGGUCCCUCUGUUCUAUCUCUUGUUGAUAUUGAUGAGGAUGAACCGGAAAUUGAUUUGGAACUACAAGCAGGUGGUUUCGGUCAAGAUGAGGAAUGGGAGUUUCCAGAUGACUCUGAAACUGAGUUUUAGAGUGUUGAUGUUAUGUGUUCUGCUUUGAAUUGUUUUUCUUUACUUUGGAUUAUGUUUUGGUUUUGGUUUUGGUUUUAUGCUUUUCAUUUGGUGUUUUUACGUUUAAGUUAUCAAUAAAACUGGUUUUUGGUUUUCUAUUUACUAUGUUUAUUUUCAA